UGUGCUGUAGUAAAUAUUUUUUAUUUGCACUAAUCAAUCAACACAUUCCUGUCUUUGUAUGUCUCAAUAUAAUAGUAUUAUUUUAUUAAAUCCAUGUAAAAUAAUCUUUGUCUGAAAAUAAAAUAUGAUCCUCAACUGCGUUUCCCCUCCAGUCAGCAGACCGCGAUGUGCGUCUUUCAGGCGACGCUGCCGGCGUGACGUAUAAUCUAGUGGACGGUUCUUCAUAAACAGCUCGUCAACCACCUCGGUAGCUUGCUAGCCAACGUAGCCGAAAGAUUCAAGCUAUUUAUACGCUUUUGGUGUAUAUUAGCUACUGUGUUUUAGACACACUUCUGUCUUAUCUACUUGUUAACCUAUUUAAUUUAAUAUUACGUUAUUUGUUAUUAGUCAGCUAUAGUAGCUGGCUGGUUAAGUUAGCACUAGCCUAGUCGCUAAUGAUAGCUAGCUAGCUACCAUCCCCGAACAUGAGAUCCCUAAACUUCUCCCCUCUCGUUGAAGAAGAGGAGGUCUGCUGGACGGAGAAAGGAGGUCUGUGGCUGAACGUUGUCGUGAAAGAGGAGGAGGAAGAGGAGGCUGUCACAGUAAAACAAGAAGUAGAGGGUGGGGCUGUUACAGUGAAAGAAGAGGAAGACGCUUUCAGAGUGAAAGAGGAGGAGGAGGAUGUUACAGUAAAAGAAGAGACGGAUGAGAAAGAGGAGGAUGUAGUUUUAGGUGUGAAAGAAGAGGAGGUUGGAGAUCUGUUUAACCCCAGAGAGAUACUGAACUAUCGUGGAUCCUCUGGGGAGCCUCAACAACCUCAUGAUGCUGUAGAGGCAGAGAAGAGUCUCUCCAGAUCAGAACACCUCAAGAAACACCAGCAGAGAUACACAGGGAAGGGAACUCACUGCUGCUCUGACUGUGGAAAGAGAUUCACCUCAUCAGGCAUUACAAUUCACCAGAGAACACACACAGGAGAGAAAUCCUAUAGCUGUGGUCAAUGUGGGAAGAGAUGUACUACAUUUGUCCAGCUGACUCAACACCAGAGAACACACACAGGAGAGAAACCAUAUAGCUGUGGUCAAUGUGGGAAUAGUUUUGGUGCAUCUAGAGAUCUGACAGUGCACCAGAGAAUACACACAGGAGAGAAAUCUUAUAGCUGUGGUCAAUGUGGGAAGAGUUUUGGUCGAUCUAGCACUCUGACUCUACACCAGAGAAUACACACAGGAGAGAAACCUUAUAGCUGUGGUCAAUGUGGGAAGAGUUUUGGUCGAUCUAGCACUCUGACUCUACACCAGAGAAUACACACAGGAGAGAAAUCUUAUAGCUGUGGUCAAUGUGGGAAGAGUUUUGGUCGAUCUGGCCACCUGACAUUACACCAGAGAACACACACAGGAGAGAAACCUUAUAGCUGUGGUCAAUGUGGGAAGAGUUUUACUACAUCUAGCAAUCUGACUCUACACCAGAGAAUACACACAGGAGAGAAACCUUAUAUCUGUGGUCAAUGUGGGAAGAGUUUUUCUUCUUCAGGCUAUCUAACUAUACACCAGAGAAUACACACAGGAGAGAAACCUUAUAGCUGUGGUCAAUGUGGGAAGAGUUUUUCUUCUUCAGGCUAUCUAACUAUACACCAUAGAACACACACAGGAGAGAAACCAUAUAGCUGUGGUCAAUGUGGGAAUAGUUUUGGUGCAUCUAGAGAUCUGACAGUGCACCAGAGAAUACACACAGGAGAGAAACCUUAUAGCUGUGGUCAAUGUGGGAAGAGUUUUGGUCGAUCUAGCACUCUGACUCUACACCAGAGAAUACACACAGGAGAGAAAUCUUAUAGCUGUGGUCAAUGUGGGAAGAGUUUUGGUCGAUCUAGCACUCUGACUCUACACCAGAGAACACACACAGGAGAGAAAUCUUAUAGCUGUACUCAAUGUGGGAAGAGUUUUGAUACAUCUAGCCAUCUUAUUGUACACCAGAGAAUACACACAGGAGAGAAACCUUAUAGCUGUGGUCAAUGUGGGAAGAGUUUUACUACAUCUAGCAAUCUGACUCUACACCAGAGAAUACACACAGGAGAGAAACCUUAUAGCUGUGGUCAAUGUGGGAAGAGUUUUUCUUCAGGCUAUCUAACUAUACACCAGAGAAUACACACAGGAGAGAAAUCUUAUAGCUGUGGUCAAUGUGGGAAGAGUUUUUCUUCUUCGGGCUAUCUAACUAUACACCAUAGAACACACACAGGAGAGAAACCGUAUAGCUGUGGUCAAUGUGGGAAGAGUUUUACUACAUUGAGCAAUCUGACGGUACACCAGAGAACACACACAGGAGAGAAACCUUAUAGCUGUGGUCAAUGUGGGAAGAGUUUUGGUCAAUCUAGCACUCUGACUCUACACCAGAGAACACACACAGUAGAGAAAUCUUAUAGCUGUGGUCAAUGUGGGAAGAGUUUUGGUCGAUCUGACAACCUGACAUCACACCAGAGAACACACACAGGAGAGAAACCUUAUACUUGUGGUCAAUGUGGGAAGAGUUUUGGUCAAUCUAGCACUCUGACUCUACACCAGAGAAUACACACAGGAGAGAAAUCUUAUAGCUGUGGUCAAUGUGGGAAGAGUUUUGGUCGAUCUGGCCACCUGACAUCACACCAGAGAACACACACAGGAGAGAAACCUUUUAUUUGUGGUCAAUGUGGGAAGAGUUUUGGUCAAUCUAUCAAUCUGACUGUACACCAGAGAACACACACAGGAGAUAAACCUUAUAGCUGUGUUCAGUGUGACAAAAUACAUACAUGAAGGAGUUAUUUUGUGAUAUCAAUGAAUUAAUGUCACAAUGUAGAAUGUUUUAACAUUGUAGUAUGAGUAUUUUAAGGAGUUUCACAAUGUAGAACCCUAAUUCAAUUGAUUUCAGCGUGAUAUGGGUAUUAGCCUUGGGAAAAAUCCAGGCUCUGAAUGAAAAGAGUACUAUUUAUGUGAUUUAACAAAAAGUGACUAACACAAAAAGAGCUUUUGUUACACUUACCACGUUGGUGACCCACUUGAAUCAAAAUGCAACACUUCUAAAUGUAGCCGAAUGUUUUCUACAAAUUGUCCUCUAAUCAGGGAUGUACACAUUACUCCCAGAUUCCGUGUGGUUUUUGAGCUGUUAGUUUUAACAGGACGUGCAACCUCAUCUCCCUUCUGUCACACAAUUGAUUUCAACGUGAUAUCGAUGAGUGAUGACAAAUAAGUGUUGCGUUCCUUUGUUUAGCGACCCCUUUUUUUAAAUGCAUCACUCCAAAAUGUAGCUGACUGUCUUCUGCAGGUUGUCCUCUAACCAGUGAGGUGAAAGAUAUCUCCCAUUUCCAUGUUUUUUUAGUUGUGUUCGUUUCAACAUCACGUACAUCCUGAUUUCCCCCCUAAUCGAUAUCAGUAAUUUAUACACUGCUCAAAAAAAUAAAGGGAACACUUAAAUAACACAAUGUAACUCCAAGUCAAUCACACUUCUGUGAAAUCAAACUGUCCACUUAGGAAGCAACACUGAUUGACAAUAAAUUUCACAUGCUGUUGUGCAAAUGGAAUUGACAAAAGGUGGAAAUUAUAGGCAAUUAGCAAGACACCCCCAAUAAAGGAAUGGUUCUGCAGGUGGUGACCACAGACCACUUCUCGGUUCCUAUGCUUCCUGGCUGAUGUUUUGCACAUUUGUGGCCUGCUGGAGGUCAUUUUGCAGGGCUCUGGCAGUGCACCUCCUUGCACAAAGGCGGAGGUAGCGGUCCUGCUGCUGGGUUGUUGCCCUCCUACGGCCUCCUCCACGUCUCCUGAUGUACUGGCCUGUCUCCUGGUAGCGCCUCCAUGCUCUGGACACUACGCUGACAGACACAGCAAACCUUUUUGCCACAGCUCGCAUUGAUGUGCCAUCCUGGAUGAACUGCACUACCUGAGCCACUUGUGUGGGUUGUAGACUCUGUCUCAUGCUACCACUAGAGUGAAAGCACCGCCAGCAUUCAAAAGUGACCAAAACAUCAGCCAGGAAGCAUAGGAACUGAGAAGUGGUCUGUGGUCACCACCUGCAGAACCAUUCCUUUAUUGGGGGUGUCUUGCUAAUUUCCUAUAAUUUCCACCUUUUGUCUAUUCCAUUUGCACAACAGCAUGUGAAAUUUAUUGUCAAUCAGUGUUGCUUCCUAAGUGGACAGUUUGAUUUCACAGAAGUGUGAUUGACUUGGAGUUACAUUGUGUUGUUUAAGUGUUCCCUUUAUUUUUUUGAGCAGUGUACAUAUUACUUUAUGUUCUAUAUUAUACAUACAAUACAUAUGAACAAACAUUUGGUUUUGAUAUUUCAUAUUUCCAAUUCAUGUAACAUUUAGUAAUCAUAAUUAUUUAAGUAAUCAACUGACAAUUAUCGAGUAUAAUUAUAUUGACGUUGUUGCCCUUCUUUUAGAAUUUCAGGGUUCAUUCUCAGAUGUGCCAACCCAAAUGUACUAGAGCAUGACAUUGGGGACUGGGUCUUCCUGUCUUUAAGUUUGGUGUGGGUUGUUCUUUAGUUUUUCUCUUCUUGGGCAGAUUUAGUGGGUCUCAUUGUGGGUGUCUUUUAUGUCCCAGUUGUUGUUACUAGUCAACUUUCAGUGGACACUGAGAGCAAAACUGCAACAUUAUGUUAUAAUACUUUUAUUGGAUCAAAUGGUUAUUUUAUGCAACAGAAUAGAGGGUUCUUAGAACUAUUGUGUCUGUGUGUUCUACUGAGGAUGGGCCUCUGGGAGAAAACACUGACAGGAGAUUUACAAUGUCUUUUGGGUGAUAAAACCUAAAGAGACCGCAUUCCAGAGCAUGAGUUAAUGUUUCUGUUCUAUAUGGUACCAGGGAGAGAUGACCCCAGGGCCAGACCCUGGUCUCUACACAAAGAGGACUGUUUUUACAGUAGAUACUGUCUGCUGAGAAUUAUAGGUAUCUUUCAUACAAAUCUUAACCUUGUGACCCGUUCUAUACGUCUGUUGUUCGUUAUGUAGGUUGAAAGGGGUGUAUCUUGGCUAUAAAAGACCUUUGUACUUUCGUCCUGUGAGUUGACCAGCCAUUAUUAUCGUAGAGCACUCAAUUGAUUCACUUUAUAUGUGUACGUUGUAUUUACCUGCUCCCUUAUUAAUAAGUGAAUAAAGAUUUAGUUUAA